UGAAGAGGACGAGUCGCUCGUCUGCAACAGCUCUGAUCAAUGCAAAAUGGAAACGAUGGAAAUAAUGGAUCCGGACAGCCAGAUUACAGUUCUUCAGGAGGAAAUGCUGCUGGAGGGGGAAGAAGAACAGAUGAGUGAUGAAGUGGAAGAUCUGAGCAACAGCCUGAGAGAGGUGGUUCAGGAUGGAGCUGUGAAGCCGAAGCUUCACUGUCUGAUGAUGGAUCCGUCCUUCUCAAUGGUGACGGUUCAGAGCGAGGACAGCGGAAUCAUUUGGGAAACGGCGUCCAGUCGCUGUUCGACCCCUUUGACCUCAGAGUUCAACAGCGUGACCCCUGAACCCUUGUACAAUCUCACCGGCUCUGGAGCGGCCGGCAGGAUCGUUUUCAUCAUGGAUGAAGAACUGAUGAGCAGAAGGAACCGGAGGAGAGUUAGAACGCAGAAAACAAAGACUCGUUCUCACGUCAGUGCCCAGAUCAUCGCUGAAGCUCAGAGACCGGCCAUGGUGGAAGUGUCGCUCCCGAACGUCACACCAGCCGCUGGACCAGAAGAAGAGACGAUCCCAGAUCCGAAAGAAGAAAGACGUCAGCGUUUGUUCAGUCUGGUGUCUGAAGGAUCAGAGAUCCUGAACAUCGUUGUUCCGCCUAAAGUGUCCACAGUGGAUGAAGAGGAGAGCAAAGGUCUGGAAGAUCAUCUGUUUUACCUGGAGCAGACACCUGCUGUAAGAUCUGCAGACAUCCCAGAGGAACCCGAUGUAGAUAUUUACCGUGAGACUCCGGCAGAGAAGAGCAGAUCUCCACCGUCAGUGAUACCAGAACCUUCCUUCCAGCUCUCACCCAUGCAAGUAGCCACAACGGAGGAUUACUUUGAGAAGUUCACACUCCUGGACCGCCAAAAACCAUCAGGAGCGUUAGAGGUGCAAGAACAGCACCAGGACGUGGAGGGAUCAACAGAAGACAAAGAGGAUGACACACUGCGUCCUGAUGCUGAACCUGGACUCUGGAGAGUCUCCCCAGCUGUUAGUAUGUUCGACAUUUCUGGAGAACAUCUGGACGACGUGUUCUACGGUGGCGGCAGUGAUCCGCGGUGUCACGAGGCUUCAGGUGGUGUCGGCGAGAAGGAACGAGCGCUCUCAAAAUCCUCGCUAAAGGAAAGCGGUUCUGCUUUGUUUGGAAGUGAGGAGACCGUGCUCACGCCAGUGUACCUGCCAGAAGGUCCGCAGAAGAUCAUCGACCCCAACCUGCUGGAGGAGCCCAAAGCCAUGGCCUUCCUGUACUCAGACCUGUAUGCCGACGCCAUCGGGAUGAGGAAGAAGCUGGACGAUGAAGAUGCUGAGAGUGUGACUUCUGAGAAAUCCUUCCACAGUCAAGAGUCGGAUUACGAGGAUAAAGGAUACCUGGAGAAGUUUGUGCUGAAGGUGGAGACUCUGGCCGUGGAUCGUGAUGUGAGUGCUGAAGUCCAUCGUGAAGACCAGCAGGAUACUUUCAGAUACAUGCAACACACAACCGAAGAGAGAAGAGGGGAAGAAGAGCCAGACGAGCUCACGGAUUUCUUCAGGAACAGCGGGUCUUCAUCACCCUGUGAACUUGGCGAUCGGGAGCAGCUGGAGUCAGAAGAAGAGACUGAAGUGGUGCGGACUCCUCGGGUCACUUUUAAAGAUGACGUGACACAGAACAAGACUGAGAAACAACCGUCAAUAACGGAUGACACUGACUUUACAGAUGCAUUUCUACCUGUUGAAAUAAGCGACGAUUGUCCGGCGUGGGAAGAAAACCUGCUGACAUUUGCCCAAAUGCCUGAAAAAUCCCCCUCAAGCAGGACGGAUGAAGUACAACAUAAAGCGAGGUGUUUCAGUAAAACUUCUCAAGAACCGGCCACACCGACCCAAGCCAACAAUACCAUCAAACCCAUAAUUCCCCAGCACAAACCCUUCCUCGAUCUGACCGCGCUGCUGCCUGCAGAGACUCCCGAUGAGACGGAAAACAUGAACCAAGAACAGAAACACGAGGGCAGAAGCUCCUCGCAGGAGGACGGCUCGUCUCAAACUAAAGCAGAAGAUCUGGACUCUGAAGUGAUCCGUAAUCAAGAGGAGAGUCUGACGACAUCAGCAGCGAGGAUCGAGAAGAGCUCACAAAUCUGAUGAACACCCGUGUGAAGACGAUGCUGAAUGAGACUGUAGAUGGACUAUUCCUCAGCGGCUCUAUUAACGAUUCUUUUAGUAGUUCAGAAGAAGAAAUAUUUAGGAGUGCAUUCUUAUUAGCUUUACUGCGCUCAGCAGCCUGUUACCAAAUGAACAUUUCAGAUUUUAACAGAACAGAUUCUUGCAAACGGUGUUUAUACAAACUUUUCAAUUAAUUAAUUUGCAUAAAAUACCACCAAUUCCAACAAAACUCACAAUGUGCACCUUUAACGACACAUCUGUAAAGGGGUUAAUGGAAAGGACGAGGCGAGAACCGGCUUGACGAUAUAAAUAAUAGUUUAAUGAAGAUCUGAAACAAAAAGACAAACACACAAACACACACGGGUGUCGGAAAGCUGUCUGUAACUCUCUCUCUGUCGCACUGCCGUCUCCAGUCGGCCUUUAUCCCUCUCCGAGGGUUAAUUAGCCUGAAUAGCGGCCGGGUGUGCAGCAUCAUGACCCGGCCCCGCCCUGACACAGUCCUCCCUCGUGGAGCCUAGGCAUAAUCUACACCCCCCCUCUUUCCCCGGCAUAAUGUCGCGUAACUUCCGUCCCGUCUGCCGGCAGGUCAUCCCCGUCUACCUGGAUGAGGGAGGGGACAAGGGGAGGGAAACAGAUAUAAAGUGUGGCACCUACACGCCAUAACGGCGAUCGUGACAAAUUAACAAAACAUUUUAAAAAAGAGAGGGAAAGGCCAACACGGAGUGGCAGUGGGAGAGAGAGAGAAACACUUACUAGCCGGUUCUCCGAUAUGCCAUAGCUUGGUCCUUGGCCACUCCUCCACCCUCCAAUGGUUGACAGCCACGCCUCCCCGGACGCACCAGAGGCAGUCUUCAGGCCCCUGGCAGACGAAACACACUGCCGUGUUUUUGGUGGACGGUAGGGGUCUCCCUUAGCACUGGUAACCGCUCCAGGCGGUUGGUUGGGAGUCCCUCCUCCCCUCGCGGUCGGCUGUCCUUCGUCCUCCAGCAGAUGGCUGCGGCUGCUCCGUUGGGUUGGAUGGUAGUGGUGAGGACUACGGGUAUCCAUCCUCCUUUCAGGGUUUCGGCACAAGUGUAGAGGGUUAAAGGGAAAGGAGGAGGCGAGAACCGGCUUGACGAUAUAAAUAAUAGUUUAAUGAAGAACUGAAACAAAAAGACAAACACACACAGGUGUCGGACAGCUGUCUGUAACUCUCUCUCUCCCACACUGCCGUCUCCAGUCGCCCAAUUAGGGGCUGGCAGUGCGGAAUCAUGACCCGCCCUCCGCCCUGCCACAACAUCGUCAUAUCAACAACCAUCACGCAACAUGACGACUUCCAUUCUGUAAAUUGUACAAUCACUAAAAAGUACGUUAAUGAAAUUAAUUUGUUCAGUGGGAAGCACUUCAGCACUCUUCUACAUCAUCAUCAUGUCGUGUGAGUCCUGCGAGUACCCAGAUGCACCUCUUCAACUGUCAGAAGCGAGUGUGGACGGUUGAACACUUCAUGCGCUCGACAGUUGGCGAAAGGGGCGGAGUUACAAGCCACAACGCUGGUCAGACAAAACAAUCGUAAAUAAUGGAGAACGUGGCAACUAAUGAAACUUCAGUUUAAUGUAAUCUGAAAGUAAACCAUCAAUGUAAAUGUCACGCUUUGGGAAUUUGUAAGUGUUGAACUGAGUUUGGCGAACGCGCUCAAGACAGCAGCAACACUUUGAAUGCAUAUAAACAUAAUUUCCGUCAGCUGUUAAACGACAGUAAAACAUGAAGUGUUGUAUUUUAUACGGCGGUGUGUAUAUCAGCGACUAAAACAGUUCAAUGAAUGAAAACGAAAAAAACUGAAUUUUUGGCUGAACGAAACCGAAAACGUCUUCAAAUGUUCUGGAGAGAAAACAUUAUUUGAAAUGCUGGUGACGCUUUAAUAACCUGAUAAUAUUAUUCUGAUCAUUUCCUCAUGAAACUGAAGAGCAAAGGAGUUUAACACUUUCCUUUGAAACAAUGAGACUUCUGAAGGAAACUCAAAUCAAUCGUCCCACAGGAGGUGCCCGCCAUGCCCACAGAAGGUUCCCGCCAUGCCAUGUGAGAUUGAUUUUAGGUGGCAAAUUAAUAUUUGAAUUCUAUCAAUAUUUUGGGGAAUAAUACUAAGAAUGGGUUUCCUGAGAUGUUACUUCAUAUAGACAGCUGUAAACUGUGCUGAUAUUUCCCCAAUAUCACAUAUUUGAAGUUUUUUUCCAAAGUCGUUCCUCUUGUGAGAUCUGGAACUGGAAUCUCACCCAAUCACAGCUCAGAUUACGCUCGUUAUAUACCGCUCGUUUAUUCCAUUCAAACCAGUUGCCAAUGGGAAAGCAGGCAGCAGAACAGAAGUGUGUGUGACAUCAUAGCUCAAGUUUUGCAGUGUAGAGAACCGGCUCAGAAGAGUCAUUAGUUCAGGAAUCGGGCUACACCGGUCAGUAUGUUAAGCAGGUCUGAAGUGAUUCUCUGAUCGCUGUGCAAGAGCAGGACAGGAUUGUCCAUGAUAAAUCUGAGAUGUAAAGGGAGCAGCAGUGUGAACGCUGUGGAAUAAAAUGUUCUGUAAUUUGCCUAAAUGUCUUAUUUUUCUCAUCUGUUUGUACAUUUUGGUGCAUCACUUCCCAGUUAAGAAUGAAAUGUCAGCUCAAGCUGUAGAAUAUGUAAUAACACGAGGAUGCGCAUAAACAAAUAAACAACAUU